AGGAGGGAAGUGUGUGGAGACGUAAGGAGGAGAAAGAACCUAGCAGCAAACCUGACAAAGCGUCUGAGAAGCGGAGCGAGGAACUGUCGGAGGAACCAGGAGACGCAGACUCUCUCUCUCUCUCUCUCUCUCUCCAGCGGUGUGGGGGGGUGGACGCUCACUGAUGGAUUCUAUGUCAUCUCGCAUCGGACAAACUCUUCUCCGCCUCGCACCAGCUCCUCUGUAGCUGCAAACUUUCUGUUUUUGUAACUUGUCAAGUGCGCUGCUGGAACUCUGGGGCAUGUUUUACGCACCGGAGGAAACUUGGUGACGGGGAAGGAAAAGUUAGUGAAGGAGUGAGGGGGGAGGAAGGAGGAGGACAGCCGCAGUUAUGGUUCUCCGAUGUGUUUUCGAAGGAUAAGUGGGAUUUCGCUGCAUGGCCCCGGACUACACUGCUCCUCCGGUGUGGAUUAUACCCUCCGAUCGGACCCGAUGCCGGCUGGCUGUGGAAUAGAAAGCUGAGAAGAAGAAGGCAGCGCCUCGCAGAUUCUUUUUUUUUUUUUUUUUUUUUUGGUGCAUUGUGGAGUUGGAGACAUUCCUCCUUCAGGAUUCGGCUCAUGCUCUCGCCUCCCUUAUCUUCUGUGCAUGCCAAAACAGAGAUCUCCACGAUUUUAGUCCUCCCUGCCCAGGUGAUUGGGUGAAUUCCGGUGAGGGACAGGCCGAGCCCGGCUGCAGUUGAUGGUUGGGCGGACCCCCUCCGAUGGGAACAGUGUCCAGGGGGAGAAGGAGAAGGGGAGUAUGGGGAGCGCUGGCCCCCACUAACGGUAUGGCCUCAUGGGCCUGGCUGCUGGCCGCUGUCCUGCUGUCCAUGCUGACGGUCAGCGUGGCCCGGCCGCCACUCACAGCCAACAAGGAGGAGGAGGCCACUCUGGAACCUGAAGAGGCAUCGAACAAAUACCAAAUUUCUAAGCCCACGGUGUGCUCAGUGCACCCGGGGGAGCUGCUGAAGCUGAGCUGCCCUCUGCCAUCGACGGGGACCAUCACCUGGACCAAAGACGGCAGCUCGCUGGGCACCAACAACCGCACGCUGAUAGAGCAGGAGGUGCUGCAGAUCCGCGAUGCCACGCCCAAGGAUUCGGGCCUGUACGCCUGCACCAGCGUUAGCAAAGACACGGUCUGCUUCAUAGUGAAUGUCACAGAUGCCAUUUCGUCGGGAGAUGAUGAGGACGAUACAGAGCGAUCGGAGGACACCGGGGCGGACGGAGAGCAGAUAAGCGCUCCUUAUUGGACCUCAUCAGCGAAGAUGGAGAAGAAGCUGCAUGCGGUUCCAGCUGCCAACACAGUCAAGUUCCGCUGUGCUGCAGGAGGCAACCCCCGGCCCAAGCUGCGCUGGCUUAAAAACAGCAGGCCUUUCCGCCAAGAGGACCGCAUGGGAGGGUAUAAGGUGCGUAGCCAGCACUGGACCCUGAUCAUGGAGAGCGUGGUGCCGUCGGACAAGGGCAACUACACCUGUCUGGUGGAGAACGAGGUCGGAGCCAUCAACCACACCUACACCUUGGACGUAGUGGAGCGCUCACCUCAUCGGCCCAUUCUCCAGGCUGGUCUCCCGGCGAACACCACUGUGAAUGUGGGAGAGGAAGCCCGCUUCGUCUGCAAGGUCUACAGCGACGCACAGCCUCACAUCCAGUGGCUGAAACACAUCAUGCAGAACGGCAGUCGCUACGGCCCAGAUGGACACCCCUACGUCCGGGUGCUAAAGACCGCAGGUGUUAACACCACUGAUAAGGAGAUAGAAGUUCUCUACUUGCCCAAUGUAACAUUUGAAGAUGCUGGGGAGUAUACGUGCUUGGCGGGUAAUUCUAUUGGGAUCUCCUAUCACACUGCUUGGUUGACGGUGCUUCCAGCCCUCGAGAAAAAAGCCGGGCCCUUCUCCCCAGACUACGUGGAGAUCGCUAUAUACUGUGCGGGCGUCUUCCUCAUUGCCUGCAUGGUGGGCAUCGUGGUGGUGUGCCGCAUGAGGAACACGGCAAAGAAACCGGACUUUGGCAACCAACCGGCAGUGCACAAACUGACCAAGCAGAUCCCUCUGCGCCGCCAGGUAACAGUGUCGGCAGACUCGAGCCAUUCCAUGAACUCUAGUACGCCGCUGGUUCGCAUCACGACACGUCGGAGCUCGGCACACGACGACCCGAUCCCUGAGUACGACCUUCCUGAGGAUCCACGCUGGGAGUUUAACCGAGACAGGUUGACUCUGGGCAAACCCCUCGGUGAAGGCUGCUUUGGCCAAGUGGUAAUGGCAGAGGGCCUGGGCAUCGAUAAGGAGAAACCUAAGGAAGCCGUGACCGUCGCCGUCAAGAUGCUGAAAGAUGACGCCACUGAGAAAGACCUGUCCGACCUGGUGUCAGAGAUGGAGAUGAUGAAGAUGAUCGGAAAACACAAGAACAUCAUUAAUCUCUUGGGGGCCUGUACACAAGAGGGCCCCCUCUAUGUGAUAGUGGAGUACGCCUCCAAAGGCAACCUCAGGGAGUACCUCCGAGCCCGUCGGCCCCCCGGCAUGGAAUACUCCUACGACAUCACCCGCGUCUCAGACGAACAGCUCACCUUCAAAGAUCUGGUCUCCUGCACGUACCAGGUGGCACGGGGCAUGGAGUACCUAGCAUCGCAGAAGUGUAUACACAGAGACCUGGCAGCCAGGAACGUCCUGGUCACAGAGAGCAACAUCAUGAAGAUUGCUGACUUCGGCCUGGCCAGGGACGUCCACAACAUCGACUACUAUAAAAAGACGACCAAUGGUCGACUCCCGGUAAAAUGGAUGGCUCCAGAAGCGCUGUUUGACCGGGUCUACACACACCAGAGUGACGUCUGGUCAUUUGGGGUGCUGAUGUGGGAGAUCUUCACCCUCGGGGGCUCGCCGUACCCUGGCAUCCCCGUCGAGGAGCUUUUCAAGUUGCUCAAAGAGGGCCAUCGCAUGGACAAGCCUGGCAACUGCACCAACGAACUGUACAUGAUGAUGAAAGACUGCUGGCAUGCCAUCUCCUCCCAGAGACCCACUUUCAAGCAGCUAGUAGAGGAUCUGGAUCGCAUCCUCACCCUCAACACCAACGAGGAGUACCUGGACCUGUGCGCCCCCCCAGAGCAGUAUUCCCCCAGCUUCCCCGACACUCGCAGCUCCUGCUCCUCCAGUGACGACUCCGUGUUUUCCCACGACCCGUUACCAGACGAGCCAUGCCUCCCCAAGUACCAGCACAUCAACGGAAACGUCAAAACAUGAGCCCCCCCUCCCACUCCGCACGCUCUACCGCGAAACACCCCCAAAACACACGCAGCACAGACCCCUUCUCUGACAUGCACCCAACCUCCUGCCCCCCCCAUCACCCCUCUGGCUCCCAGUGGACUGAAGGAGAACCCAGACGGGACUGGGCCGGCGGCAGAGCUGCUGUCACAGACUCUCACUGCCAUGUGCACACACACACACACAUUACACACUACACACAUGGCAUGCUCACACGUGGUCUUAAAGGAGAGGACAGGGACCCUGCAGAAGCUGUUUUUUUUUUACUGACUGAAUGGACUGAACUUCACCGGGCACCCUCCUCCUCCUCCUCUUCCUCCUCCCCCUUUAUGUAAAUACACAGACUUUUCAUUUUGGUUCUCAUGUUUGUAACCAGAGAGGCAUUAACUUGUUUGGUGAUCCCAUUCCAGUGGCUGGCAUUCCAAGACUGUUGUUUGCUCCUGGAGGAAUGUACAUGGAUCGACGUGAACUUAAAACAAGGGACAAGAGGAGGAGGACAAAAUAGGAAAACGGACUGAGAGACAGAGCUCCGACUAACAAAACAGAGGAGUAGGAGGAGAGCACAUAUAGAAACUGCUCUCCUGUUUAUUUUGUAAUAUUGAUGCUUUUUUUUCUUCACUUCGCUUGAUAAACCUUCCCAAUUAUUCUGGAGAAAAAUAAAUACACAGUGUAAUGUAUAGUGCUGGGUAUAUUUGUAAAUAUAUUCAAAUAUGUAUAAAUAUAUAUUAUAUAUUUACAAUGAAUUAUUUUUUGUAUGGACUCUGAAAUAACCCCAUCCCUUCCUACCUUAACGUUGUGUUUGAGGCAGGAACGCUAACAGGUUACGUGUACGAUACUUCUCUUCACACACACACACACAACCACACACACACACACACACACACACACACACACACACACACACAAACACACAUACAGACACACCUAAACAUAUUUUAAUACACAAACACCUGUCUUACUCUCACUCAGUAACACAGUUGAGUAUUGGCUUUCAGGGACUGAGGUAGCAUGUUAAUUUAUUGACUUAUGUGUUUUUGAAAUGAUUCAAGAAGAAAAAAAAAGUUUUGGAAAAAAGAACAAAAACAAUGUGGCAGAGAUGAUGACAUUAAUGAUGCUGACAAUACAUAAAUAAAUAAUCCAUUAAAUUUAUGGUAAUUUAAAAUGAUCUUUCAACAGUAACAGAAGAGAAAAGCUAUUUUAGUAGGUCUGAAAGAUCCAGGUUUUGUAAGUUUUAUAUAUGAAUGUGAAUUUUAAGUUAAAUUUUUAAAAAAGUGUACAUUUUAUAGUCAGCUAAUCCCUUUUUUCUUAUGUAGAUGUUGAUACAAUUUCUAUCCAGGCAUUUUACUCUUUCUUAGCUUUUGCUUUAGGAAAGGAGGUUGAUUUCUGGAUAUUUAUGUACGGUUAAAAAGGAAAAAACAGAUUCUUUGGGAAAAAACCUUCUAGCAAUCAGCUCCCUCAUUUAGACUUAACUAUAGACUACAAAUUCACUUGACAGAAUUGAAAGCUGAAAAACAAAGUAUUAAAUCAUUCAAGUGUUUGUUGUUUUUUUUCUACUGGACCAACUUUAAGAUGUUUUUUUUUGCAAGUGUUUAUGGCACAUUUGCAAAAUAAAUGAUGGAAAAACA